AUGGAGCCGCGUGUGCUGCUGUUCCUGGUGACGAUCCUCGGGUCUCUGGCACAGGAAGAUUUGGAGGGUAAAGUGUUCGUCUUUCCCAUGGAAGCGUCCACAGAUCAUGUGAUCCUGAAUUUGACGAUUACAGAGCCGUUGCAGAAGGUCAGCGUCUGUCUGAAUUCCUACAGCCAUCUUGCCCGCCCCUAUAGUCUCUUCUCUCUCUCUACUCCCAGCAGUGCAAAUGCAUUUUCAUUCUUCUCGAAUUCUCCAACCUACUAUCAUGUGAUCGUAAAUAACGAGUACACAACGUACAGAACAGAUCCGGAGUCCAUGGACUGGAGACACACCUGUGUGACCUGGGACUCCAGCACUGGGGUGGUCCAACUUUGGGUCAAUGGGAAGCUCAGCCCCAGAAGAGUCUCCAGGAAAGGGUUUUCCAUCGAGGCCGAAACCAGCAUCGUUCUGGGACAGGAACAAGCUAGUUUUGGGGGAAAGUUUGAUUCUUAUAAGCUAUUCCUUGGAGAAAUGAGUGACGUCCACAUGUGGGAUUAUGUCCUGACACCAAAAGACAUCCACAAGGUCAUCUCUGGUGGCCUCAAUGGAAAUGUCAUCAGCUGGAGGUCUCUAGUCUAUGAAAUGAAAGGGAGCGUUGUUAUCCAGCCCAAACUUCAGUGCAGGUCUUGGGGAUCAACGAGCUCUUUAUAUACACCUUGUUAUUAA